UGGAGGAUCGAUACCUCUAAUAUUGUGACAGAAGGCGUGGCUUGAUGCCACCGAUACAGGGCUGGUUUUCCAUAUUCAUUUAUAGUGUUUAGCCUCAUCUCACUGAAACGGACGCGCAAAACGGCACCCCCAAGGAACGAGCGGGUCAUAAAGCGUCUCUCAAGGGAAUCACACAAAGUGACCAUCUUUGGAUUACAACGAUAUUUAAAGACAGUGAAUCCGGCAUGGGAACUAACCCAAAAAGGACAGUGACAGUCCAGAUGGUGCCUCAGCUGGCUGUGGUGGACACGCUGGGCAAUAAUGAGCCUAAUGCCAACUGGGCGAAAGAGCCCAACCUCAAACUCUCUCAGGUUAGUCCAACACCGACCCUCACAUCUCCCGACCACAAACAGGAUAACUCAUCUCUGAAUGCUUCUCUCGCUAAUACCAUCACACAAACCCAAAACACAGAUUCCAAGGGAGGUGAUCCAGUCAGCAGCACUGUGUCAGACAAACCAGUACCAACUAAUGUUACAGGCGCAGACCAACAGAUGCAAGACCUGACUCUGACAGGCCAAGGUGUGGGUGAGGAAGAAGGAGACCAGAGGGAUUCUAACGCUAAUAUAAAAAUGUUAAGCCUGGCUGAUGAGAAGGAUAUCUGUAAGGCCGAUGUGUCGCCUGCUCUUUCAGUGUCAAAGGUCGACCAGCAGAGCAAUGACUGCAGAAUAAAAGAGCCAAGUGCAGCAGAGGAGGAAUGUGCAAAGCUGACAUCCUCAGCACGAGAGGACAGUAAUAAAAAUGUUUCUCCAAAUAAUAAAAAUCUUAACAACGCCUGUGAAUUAAGGCAUAAAGCAUCUGAACCGCAACACGAUAAUAUAGGGAGUAUUUCAGCUCCCAAAAAUAAGGACACAGCUGCACCGCAGACACUUCCAGAGUCUGAUAAUAUGCAUAGCAGCUCACAAAGCUCAGUGAGUCUGCAAGAGGCUCCCAAAGCCAAACAAAGCAUGGAAACUACUGCGGCUCCUCUUUGCUCCACUCUGUCUAAGAGCAAAGAUGCAGAGGCCGGGUUUACUAAUAAGACUUCAAGUUCAACACAUCCAGAGAAGGACACGCCACCAGUAAAGAAACCACAAGUCUCCUCAGAUAAACAUCAGCCUUCUCAGAAGGACUCCUCCACUCUGCCCCAGGCUUCACAAAGCAUGCAGGCAGAUGGGCAGGUGUGUGAGGAAGCAGUCCAGACAGACACAGCUGUCUCUGAAGGGCAGCAGCAGCCGCCCAGCAAGCUGUACAGGGAGGCUUCGACGAUGACCUUAUCCCCGUCGUCCACCCCGGUCAAGACGUGUCACGAUAUGGAAGUUCAGGCGGUGGCGAACACGUGCAGCAAGUCUGUGGCCACCAGUCCGAGUCUGCUGCCUUUCGCCGUGCCUCGCAGGCCGAGUGGUGGUGCAGUCCCCAAGGAGGCGACGCAGAGCCUGGCUGUAGUCUACCAGGUCGACGGGAGUGUGGGACUACAUCAGAUGAGCUUGAGUUCUCUAUCCGCCUCUACUAAUCCGAGGUCAGAGAGACUCACUGUUGAGGCGGAGAUGUGCCCCAACCAAAAUGCCGGCGUGGUUUUGAACUCAGAAACUUUGUCCCAGCAGCAAGACAAAAGGCUCGGAGCGAAGCCUAAAGACCCCGGCUCAGCUCUUUGCAACACCCAGCCAGUUUAUCAAAUCAAUAUUGAACACAGCAACCACAAGGAGCAAGGAGAAACAGGUAAAUCCCAGAAUAUAACAGGUGUUCAGAAAUCUGCAGCGAAAACAGCCACUGCUGAAGCUCCCUCUCUUAAAUCAGGAACAGCGGCAGAGCCAGCCAGUGCUACCAAGUCUGGAUCUGCUGACAUUAACAAUGCUGCUGUUAGAACCAAACCCAGUCAGGCCCUGCCAACAACAACAACAACAACAACAACAGCAACAACAGCAACAAAACACACAUCAAAGCCAGAACUAACAAAAAAAAAAGCUGAAAGUCCUAAACACAAGGCUAAAGCUGGAGGUAAAGCCUCGAAGAAGGAGGCAAAGUCAAGCAAACAUAAGUUAGAACUGGAGAGAAAGAAAGAAGAGGAACAGAAGCAGAAAGAAAAGAGCAUCCAUGAUGUCCUCUGGGACGAACAGGGGAUGACUUGGGAGGUCUACGGGGCUUCUGUGGACCCAGAAUCUCUUGGUUUUGCCAUUCAGAGCCACUUGCAGUGCAAAAUCAAGGAGCAAGAGAGGAAACUGAUCGUCCAGACCUCCUUCCGGAAGUCAGUCUCUGGUACGGACUCACCGGGCCAUGGCAAGAAGAACAAAAGGAGGCAGCAGAACAUUUUCAGGUCAAUGCUACAAAAUGUCAGACGGCCCAACUGCUGCGUGCGUCCCCCUCCCUCCUCCGUCCUCGAGUAGCAUAGUGCAGAGGUAGCCAAUGUCAAACUCCUCCCUUUUUUCCUAGAGGUCAAAAUGUUUGUCCUCCCCUCGUCAUGAUCGCAAUGCCAAGUGAAAGCAUUAACGGGACGUACGAUCCCUGUAAGUAAGUUAAAUAAACUGGAAUGUUGUAGCGUAAAGAGUCAAACUAUUUGUGAUGUUUGUGAUCAAAGAAGGUAGGAAAUAGAAAUAAAAAAUGAACAACCCAAGACUUAUUUUCUAGAAAUAGAUAUUAUAAAAAGAGAGAAAACUUCUAACAGAGGCAAUAAUAGUGAAACGCAUGUAUAAGUUAGAACGGCAGUUGUGUGACCUAAAGUGAAGUUCGGACCUUCACAGUAAAAGGAUCGGGGGGGUAGACAUAUUACUUACUGUCAGAAUAUUUGUGCUAAUAUAACCAACAUCUCAUUGCAUUUGGUGCAUUUGGUAUAUGUUUUUGAGGUGUUUUUGGGGCCCCUAUAUUUAUAAGAUUGCUGUAUUUUCUUUUCAUGCACAUUUACUUUUAGUGAGUGAUUAUGUUGUGCAGAAAAUAGGGACUGUAUGCAUACAUGCGCUGUUUAAUCUCUGUUCUUCUUUGGUUUUCUAUUAAAACAAAACAAAACGUU